AUUUAGCACUUUUCAAGAAUGAAUGACACACUGCUCUACAGAGACAUAAAAACAGGAUGAAUUACAGAUAAAUGAUAAACAAGUGUAAUAAUCCAAUAAGAAUUAACCUCCUGAAACACAAAAUAGAAAAAGAAAGAGCAGACAACUUAGGAAGAAGCUGUUCUGAAAACAAUUAUUUUAGAGAGCUGUAAAAGAAGUAAACAGAGCGAGCCUGCCUGAUCUCCAUCUUGUUCUCCCCUGACCUCGGAUCUAACAGUCCUCUGCUGGAGGAUCUCAGGCUGCAUUCAGGCUCGUUGGGGGUUAAUAACUCUGUGAUGUAAUCAGAAGUCAAUCCCAAACAUGCUUUAAGAGUGAUCAUUAAAAAUCAAUCCUACAACGCACAGGUAAUCAGCGUAGAUAUGCUAAAACAGGUGUUAUGUGGAUUCCUCCAUUGGAUUUCGUGAGCAGUUUGAACUAUUUGAAGUUUGGAUUAAGCUGUAGCUGGAGGUUGUCCUGUCACCCACUUUCUUCCUCCCAUUCGUCCUCAGUUCAGUACCUGCGUCGGAGGAAGUCGGCUCUGUGGGUGACCGUGUCUCUGCUGGCUCUGGCUCUAGUGGUUCUGACUAUCGGCCUGAUCUCUGCCACUCGCACCGACAACGUACCCGUUGCUGGAUAUUACCCAGGAAUCACUCUGAGUUUUGGAGCAUUUCUGGGCAUUGUUGGCAUCCACCUGGUGGAGAACCGCAGACCCAUGCUCACGGCAGCGAUCAUAUUCAUCAGUAUCGGGGUCAUCGCGUCGUUCUUCUGUGCCAUCGUGGAUGGAAUCAUCGCCUCAGAGUUCAUUGACACGAGGCCCUUGGUGGAGGACAUGUGUGACUUCUACGCCAGCGGAUCAGGCUACAUGUACGACAGCUAUUACACCGAGGUGACGUGCCGCUCCUUCGACAAAGCAUGCAAGCUGAAACUGAGAAGCAACACCUGCUACUGCUGCUACCUGUACAACUGUGAAGGCACAGAGUACCACACACAGUACUACGAGUUCACCGGGGUCAGCAGCUGCUGGGAUGUGAUCCACCUGCACCGCCUGCUGUGGGCCUCAGUGGCGCUCAACGUGCUCGGCAUGUUCCUGGGAAUCAUCGCUGCCGCCAUCCUUGGGGCGUACAAAGAUAUGCAGAAGCCAACUCCACAGAUGGCCCCCAGCCCCACGCCGCCACCCCACAUCCUGUACAACCCAAACCAACACAUGCUCAGCUACGCUGGCUUCUGUCCUUCAGGACAGGCUCUGCCCGCCUACCCCAACUAUCCAAUACCCAUGCAGAAAAGUACAAUGCCAACUUUUUAUUCUGGAGACUGGGCUGGGCACAGCGUAAACCCAGACGGGAGCUGUAGUACUUCAACAAGCCAAUCACCUCAAAUCAGCAGAUCCAUUCAUAACGGCAGCUAUCAGCCUCCCACCACUCCCCAGCUGAUCCCUGAGGGAGGCCCCGCGUCCAGCACCUGUCUGUCUGAAGAGAACCAGAACCAGCAGCCCUCUCAGCAGGCUCCCACCCAGCCACAGCCUCAAGGAGGCACCCAGGAACCAGGAGGCUACAUGCUGACACCCAACGCUCCCGUCCUCUACGGGUCCUCCUACAGCCCCUUUGAGAAACCUCCGCCGUACGCCUGCUGAGCUCUGGAGGGAUGCUGGAGGCAAAACAUCUUGAUUGACGAGAAACACUCAGUGAGCUUCACAACGACUCUGUGCUGAUGUAAAUGUUUCAUGUGGUCGCACUGAAGAGAGGCACAGACUUAUAGCUAUGUAGUGUGAUUAUAUAGACAUGAUUAAGUUAUUUCAUGUGUAUUCAAUAAAGAAAACGAUUUGGGAAGUAUUUGCUUUCUUUCUGAGAGUUCAAAAAGAUAAGGCUGAUACCACUGUCAUAUCUGAAGCUACAGCCAGGAGACUGAAACCUGGGGGAAAUAUGCUGCGUACAGAAGCAAAUCCACCCACCAGCCACUCCCAGCUUCACUAAUUAACAUUUUAUAUCAUUUUCUUUACAAAACUUAAAGUGUAAAAACUACAAAUAGACUCCAGGAAGUAAAGCAAAUUUCCCAAACUUUUUUUUGUCUUACAUAUUACAUAUGAAUACGUGUGUAGCCAUACACCUGACUGUAAUCUGAUAGCUGUUUCUGUGUCACUAUAAUAACUUCUGUACGGGCGAUUAAAAGGGCUUUCUCGAGAUGUGAACUGGAGACUAAAUGGCGCUGACGUUGCUGUUAUUUAUUUUUGUGUGAAUCAAUUAAUGUGCACUUUAAAGUCAAUAUCCAAUAUAUGUAUUAUUGAUGGUGCAUGUUCACUGCUGUGGGAUAGGACUCUGUAGCUGCUGCUAUGAGAUGCAUUAUGUAUUAAAGACAAAUUCAUUCA